UACAAUAUAUCAAAACAAAUAUCCCACGCAAUGAUCUCAACUACUGAUGUGGAUUUUCCAGUAACUUUUGCUAUACAGAUGUUACACGCCUUGCUCAGCAACUUUCGAUUUAACAAUUUCAUAACAAUUGUCAAGGUGCGUGUACUAUUGAAGAUAUCCCGUUAAUAUGUUAAAGAGAAAUAUGCAGAGUGCCUAUGUAUAUCUCCAGAGAAAGCUACAGUACUUUUACAAAACGUUAGAAGAACACUGCAAACAAGUGCCAAACGAUGCAAGACAGCUCCGAUACUGCAGAUACAUUACUAAAUUUGCCUCUCAUUUCGGGAAAGAGUGGUGUAUGGUGGUGGGAAGCACGGUCGAAGGAACCAGACUGCGGUCAAACAUAAAUGAAGGAGACUUCGAUUAUCUAAUCAUUUCAGGAAUAUCAAUACCCGUAGAUGCUUUGGAACACAGAGAUGAUCUACCUUGCUUUGUUCAUGUCAGAGGUGACAAAAUUCAACAUUCAUUUUCUCACAGUUUGGUAGACGGGAAAUACCUGAACAGUCGUAUUCUAAAGGAAGUUGACGGUGAAGCCUUUAAAAUUAUGAGGGGUCUGUUCCAGGUCUUUACAAUGCCAUUUGAUUCUUCUUCUCAUGAUGUUGACUUAAAUCGGGAGGCUAAACCUGGCAUGUGUAAGGAACACUACGUUGGCUUCCAGUUGGUUGAUAAAGAUGCCGAUAAUUUAUACAUGAGACAACCGGAAACAGACAUGAAGGCUACGAAUAAUUAUUUUCAAUCGGUAAUGGCCUCAAGUGAUUUAUCUCCCAGUAUGAAAUCUCUUCUAACCAAUAUACUUGGUAUUCUUGCUGAAACAUAUCCAAAUGACGAUUCUAGUACUGCGAUUGGUCAAACAUUUGGUGGGUUGAUCGAAGCAGCCACCUCUAAUUCUGCAAUCGCCAAAUCGACAUCUGCUCAACCGAAAAGAAGCAAACAGAGUAUAAGGAAAAACGACAAACAUUACAUGGAAGAUUCAUCUGGCAAAAAAGUAUUCCGAGUUAAAUUCAACUACAAGUCAAGCAAAGAUUUUAUUGCUGCAUUUCCUCUUGAGGGUAAACUGGAAUGUCUUGAAGAAUGGAGAGUUCGGAUACUGACCAGCAACAACAUAUUGUGGCCAAGCCCAGAAACAGUCGAACGGAUAUGUCAGUCGGAGGUGUACGUUGUAGCUAAGCCGGCAAUUGUAAACCCUUCUGCUGAUAUCGAUUUUUGUCUAGGCUUCAAUCAGGCGGAACUUAUCUUAGCCUCUAGUCUUAGUUCUGACCAAAAACUAUGUGUUCUACUUUUAAAAGCCCUCCAAAAAGGUUACCUUAAACGUUAUUCGUCAGUUCUUACCACUUUUCACUGGAAAACUGCAUUUUACUACCAAUGUGGACAAAUCGAUCCUGCUCUCUUUGACCGCCAUUCAACAAUAUUAUUAGCCCUUGAAAGUGUGUUGUCCUACAUGAUAGAGUGCUUGGAGAAAAGGUAUCUCAAGCACUAUUUCCUAGAGAGCAAUUUAAUAGCUCAUAUUACUGAGAAAGAAGCCAAUGAAAUCCGACAGAAUAUUAAAGAAAUUAUUGAAGAUCCAGAAGCGACUCUCCAAGUGUAUUUCGAUAUGAAUAAAGAAUGUGAAAGGUCAAAACAGGAAGAAGAAAUAUCUUUAAAAGAAAUGGAAGAAAUAAGGAAACGAAGAAAUGAUCCUUCAAAUAAAAAACAAGCUGACAAUAUAAUUAGCAUGAUGACAGAUUUACAGAAAGUGGAAACCAGCAAAGGUUCUAAACUCACACAAGCUAUUGUGGAUACGUUAUAUAUGGUUAUUGAGGAGGAAACAGAUCUUCCAUUUAUUAGACCUAAUACCCCACAGGAGCACUAUAGCACGGACGAUCUCUUGGCACAUGGCUCUAGAUAUUUAACAACAAACUUUCGCUCACAGAAAGAGAAGAAAAAGGCAGCAGAAGAAUUAACGGCAAAGGCUAUUGCUACAGUCCUUUCUAAAUUUAGUUCUAAGUGACUGUGAUCUUUGGUUAGUAUGUUUCAGCUAUCAAAUAUACUGUUUCGUUAUAAAAACUAAUUGAGGAUUAACAUUCAAGGAGGAAGCAAUAUGUAGUUGUUCGACUCAUCCAUUUUCAAAGUUUUAAUUAAUUAGUCAACUAACCUUUAUAAUGUUGACUCUGUGAUGUAUCGCAACAUUACAAGCAUACAUUUCCCCUUGUUUUCAGAUUUUGAUAAACGAGUGUAUGAUUGUGAAGUGAGUGUAUAAAUCUUAUCUAGUGAAUGUAGUGAUCUUAACAAAUAAGCAAAGACACCUAAUUAAAUGAGUGCUGAAAGUUUGUUAAGUGAGUGCACACCGUGUUAAUUUUUUCUUAUUGGGUGUAGGGACAUUGUUAGGUGAGUGGACGUAUCUUAUUAAGAGAAUGUAGGGAUUUUGUUCAUUGACUAUAAGGAUUUUGUAAAAGUGUGUGCACUCUGCGUAUGAAUCUUGUCAAAUGAGUGAUAGAAAUUUUGUUAAUUAAUUUUAUCGAUCUUGCUGUAAAUUAUUUUACAAUUAUGUAUGAGAUUUUGAAAGAGAAUUUAAAGGGUACAUUUAUUAC